CUGGCCCUGGGUCUCCACUUGGCGCUCGCACAGUGCAGAACUGGCCGACUGGCGCAAUAAGUUAGAGUAAGAAAAAAUAUACUUGUCUCACUUUAACGUAUUGCAUCAGACAGCUACAAAGAACAGACCGGGUGUUCCAUAGAUGUCCCCGUGCACGAUUUGUUGUACAACGAAAGAUAAAUCUGUUUAUAUAGCUGAUAGCUGAAACAAAUUAUUUGUUCACCGCGUCUUGUUGUGUUUGGAAAGUCGCGUUCGAUGUAUUACAUGAGAGUAUAUCGAGUCUAUCGUUUGUUUCAUUAAUUACAAAAAUUAACGUGCCGGUAAAGAUAACUUUGCUAUAGGCGUGGAUGGAUGUGUCUUAACUAACCUCCAAAAAACAAAGUGGACGCGUGUCUCUCCUGAGAUCUGACAAUCGACGUUAACAACAAAGUGCCUUUGCUAAAAAUAUUUUAUACCUCUAAUCAGAUUUUUAUUGUUAAUAUUUUCCGUUCUACGUUGUUCCACGAUUUUGCUCGUCACUGAGCCUAUCAUGGGGCCUGUAAAUGGGGUAAGUAAUUUACCUACUCAGGGUAAUUGCCCCAGAGGUGCACAGCAAUUUUGCAUCUCCUGGAACUCUUACCAGUCAAACAUGCACAGCGCAUUUCCAAAGCUGUUGAGUUCUGAGCAAUUCGUGGAUGUGACUCUGGCUUGUGAGGGGGGCUCAAUAAAGUGUCACAAAGUUGUGUUGUCCGCCUGCAGUGAUUAUUUAAAACGCCUUCUGCUGGAGAUACCGUGUGCUCACCCUGUCAUCUUCUUGAGGGACAUGAAACUGUGGGAGCUCCAGGCUCUGCUCACGUUUAUGUAUUGUGGAGAGGUGUAUACGGAGCAGCAACAUCUCGCUACACUGAUGCAAGCAGCAGAUGUCUUGCAGAUACAUGGCUUAUCUCUGGUACGUGAAAGCUCGUUGAAUGACAGCAAUACACAGUCGUCUGAUUCUAAUCCACCUGUCACUUCGCCAACGCCUACCCACGAUGACGUUGCCCAAGUCAAGACCGAGAACGCUUCAUCCACCAACGAAAGUAACCCUGACUCUCCCGCGUGUUCAACAAUGGCCACGACCAGCACGGCAAACGGCUCCUCGGUCACCAUUACUCCUGUCUCGCUCAAUUCUAACACAUCCAACUUGAAUAUGGAGCGCAGCGAAGCACCGGAGCAUCCGGAGAAGGCCCUCAGCGACUCUUGCGACGCAACCGAAAUUGAGGUGAAGAUGGAGACAGACAAGCAGGUCGUUCAACAGCACAACAGCAAAUCGUAUUCCAUUAACACGGUACGGACUAGCAAUCGCAACACUAGGAACUCACUCCCUGUGAUCGAAGCCACUUGCCAAAAAGAAACUUCCUAUGGACGACGACGAAGGCGCUCGGAAAAGGAACUCAAGCAAGCGUCGGACAUGGUGGCAUGCGGCAUGACGUUCCAACGAAGCUCAGACAAGUACAAGAUACCGAUUAGCACGAUUCGGUUCUAUAUGGCGCGAAAGGGCAUGCUGAAAAAGCGAAAGCGCGGCCGCGCUAGUCUUGGCACGAGUAGUCAACCCAUCGACAUAAUAUAGUAUGGACUGCGCAAUUCGUACAAAGAAAUAGUGAGUGUCCUAGGCUUCAGUUGAUUCCAUCAAAUUGUUUUUAUCGUCGAACAAUAAAGCUGUUCCAGAUCAUGUCUCGUUCGCUAUUUUUUUAACUCUCUUUUGCAGCAUUUAAAUAAACUCUCAUAUUUUAUAUUAUUAAUUAUUUUAUAUUUUUCUUUCCAAUUCACAUGCCUCAUUAUUCAUUCGCGGCAUCGCAAACAUGCUCGUACGCUGGUUUUCAAGACUACUACCUUUCGGACGCGGCAUUAAAAUUAUACACACACACAUACACACGAAAUUAGUUUAUUAAGAAUUAGUUCUUAAUAUAAAGUCCCGAAGUUUGCUAAAAAGUUUGAGACGGGCUUUCCGGUCAAUACAGUACAUUCAUGAAAUAAUACUAUAAUUAUUAUAAUAAUUAUAUCAUAGUCAUAUAAUUAUACAUAUUUUAUAAUACUAAGUUGCUAUGAUAAUUAUAUCGUAGUCAUAUAAUUAUAUUUUAUAAUACUACCUUGCUAUGAUAAUUAUAUCGUAAUCAUAUAAUAUACAAUGUGCCUGUUAUCAAUGUACCUACGCACACAAAUAAGAAUCAAAUCUAUUAUUGUAUAUAGACUUGAUUAUAUAUACAUGUGAGAUGUAUAUGUACAUAAUAUACAAUAAUGCAAUUAUAUAUUAAUUAUUAAAUAAUACUCUACUUAUUAUUUUGUCUCCAAAUUACAUUGCAAUUAUAAAAAUGUAACAUGACUGUUACCUUGUAAAUUAUAGCAGCACGCGCAGGAGAGAUGGAAUGUCACAAGUUACAAGUUACAAAAUAACUCUGUUUAUUUGUCACUAUAGUAUAAGAAUUGAUGGUCAAAUUUGGUACAAUUUUGGUAUAAAACAAUGUAUCUUGAAGCAACCGCAGCGUAAGUAGCCUCUUGUUCAGCCAAUCGCGUAACCAGUAUAUUUUCAGAAAACAGAUUCAACAUAUAUGACGAAAAUAAAGACAUUACAUUUACAACAAAUACUUGUUUUGGCACUUUCCUAGUAUAUCAGUUAUACAUCAGUCUUCGUAUCUGUAUAUCCUGCAAUGUGCGAUUAGCAAUCUGUGGUCAUAGGCCCUUGCAAAUGAGAGUGCUCUUCGUUAAUAUUGUACAGCAUUAAAAUAAAUAUGGAAAAUACAUACAUAAUACUUA